AUGAACAAAGUAGCAAUCGGUCAAUUGUGUUCAUCGUGUUCUCCAGACCUGAACUUGCAAACAGUCACUCGGCUCAUUGACUCAGCUUUGUUGCAGGAUGUGAAGCUGAUCUUUUUCCCAGAGGCUACAGACUACAUUGCGAGAUCUGCGUCGCAUUCAAAAGAACUAGCUCUGCAAUCCCCUAAGUUCGUGGAUGACCUCUGCCAAGCUGUUUCCGACUUGUGUCAUAAGCAUGAGAAGCAGAUCAACGUUUCAAUUGGAGUCCACUUGCCAGCAUCGGAUACUCAUGAAGAGAGCAGGGACACAAGAGUUAGAAAUUGUUUGUUGUACAUCGAUCACGAAGGUAAGAUUCUACAAAGUUACCAAAAACUGCACUUGUUUGACGUCGACGUUCCUAAUGGGCCUGUCUUGAAAGAGAGUCAAUCUGUUCAACCGGGCCGUGAAAUUGCGCCUAUUUUGAACACGCCUGCUGGUAAGUUGGGCUCCGCCAUAUGUUUUGACAUUAGAUUUCCAGAGCUAAGCCUCAAACUUCGUUCAAAUGGCGCCGAAAUACUGUGCUUUCCCAGUGCUUUCACUAUGAAGACUGGGGAAGCACAUUGGGAAUUUUUGGCUCGCGCCAGAGCGCUUGAUACACAAUGUUACGUUAUUAUGCCCGCACAGCAAGGCGAGCACCAAGUGAACCUUGGCGUGACAAAUAGUUCCGAUGAAGCUACCACCGUAAAACGAAUUUCGUGGGGUCAUUCCAUGAUUGUUAAUCCUUGGGGCCAUAUUGUUGCUUCCGCGGAUAUAACAAAUGAUAAUCCACAGCUGAUCAUUGCAGAUCUAGACCUCGCUGCGCAGAAGAAGAUACGAACUGAUAUGCCUUUAUGGGAUCAACGGAGAAGAGACGUUUUUGGAGAUUAUUUUUAA